AAACGCUUCUAAUGUCACAACAAAAAUAUCGAAGAGAAUUACAAACAUUUUAGUGACGUUUACUUUCAUUUUGAUCAAGCCAUGAUGGUCUAUGAAAUCGUAACCGUAGCCUUGUUUUUAAGAAUGCAUAGCUGACAGAUGUAGAGUAUGGAGAAGAUUCAUAAAGAUGCUCUGCGGAAGACCCGGAUCAGGCUGGUCAAUGAUCUCCAUCCAGACGCAGAAAUGUGGGACCUGUUGGUCACAGAGGGGAUAUUUACCCCUAUAAUGAUGGAAUACAUACAGGCUGAAAAAACAAGAGCAGAUAAAGUUCGAAAACUUUUGGACGAUUUAGUAAGACGAGGACCAAAAGCUUAUAAGAAAUUUUUGAGAUGUUUGCGAGAUUCUGGACAUGAAGAUUUAGCAAACACAGUGGAGGAUAAUGAACAUAUAUUGAGGGGCCUUCCUGUCCCCUUCAGGCAGGGUCAAGAAGAUCUGAAUAGAAAUACACAAAGACCACCUGAACCACCCAGGCCAUCAUCUGUCACGAGCCAGCACUUCAUCAAUAUAGAGCCAAUUCCCGCACAGUUUUCAGAGGAGAGUAGUGCCACUCAUUACCAGCCAUCGGCUGAGUGGCAGACUGGACCAGCAAGUCUGCCCUGUAGUUUGAUGACCCCCUCAGGAGCUAGGAUACUGCCAACAGCAAAAAUCCCAGGGAAUUCCUCUUCACAACCAGGGAGCCACAUAGCAACAACCUCACAACCAGGGAGCUACAUAGCAACAACCUCACAACCAGGGAGCUACAUAGCAACAACCUCACAACCAGGGAGCCACAUAGCAACAACCUCUCAACCAGGGAUUUCCAUUCCAAAUAAGUCGCAAACAGAGGGGCAUAUUGCCACGACCUCACAACCAGAACACAUAGCCACGACCUCACAACCAGAACAUAUUGCCACGACCUCACAACCAGAACAUAUUGCCACGACCUCACAAUCAGGGGGCCACAUAGCAACAGGGAACACAGCUGGUCAGAGUGGAGAUGAUGAUGUCGUCAUGGAAACAGCAGAUGCCCCAGCGCCAGGAAAUGAAGUUGGGACGGCCUACCAGCGAGCUUCAGCAGAAAGACCAACUUAUCGAAUGGAGUCGAAGCCGAGAGGUUACUGCCUCAUUAUCAACAAUAAGGACUACACCCUGGACUCUCUGAUGGAUCCAAGAGUCGGUACGAAUGUGAACAGGGAAGAACUACAGAGUCUCUUCACUGAUCUGGGGUUCCAAGUCGAUGCCAAAGAUAACUUGACAGGAGAGGCUAUGAAGAACACUUUGAAAGAAUUUGCUGCGUAUCAAGGGUUGCCCGCAGUAGACUCUCUGAUUGUUGCUUUCCUUUGUCAUGGUAACAGUGAGAAAAUGUACGGCGUGGACGGAAAGCCAAUCUACGUACAAAAUGAUGUAUUGAAGGUGUUCAGCCCUCGAGAGUGUCCUGUAAUGACGGGGAAGCCUAAGUUGUUUUUGAUGAAUUCUUGCAGAGGAGAUAUGAGAGAUGUUGGAUAUCCCGCCAAUAGUACAGUUGGUGGAACUGUACCAUUUGAUGCUGCUCAAACUGAUACUAAGCCAUUAUCUGCACGCCCUCCAAAUGACUUACAACUAACCCCAAACUUUCAGGACCUGUACCUUGCCUAUUCUACUUUCCAUGGCCACGUUUCCUACCGGAACAGGGAAGAGGGAAGUUGGUACAUCCAAAAAUUUGUGGAGGUGUUCCGUGAGCAAGCAGCGUUUUGUGACAUUAAUGCCAUAAUGACACAGGUGAAUCGUCGAGUGGCCAGUAUGUAUGAUCCGCAAUCUUUGGAGGUUCAGGUGCCUGCUCCGUGUAAUACGCUGACAAAGGAUUGGUAUUUUAAUCCUCCGACAAACUUUUGAAAUGUAAUUUAUAUUUUUACCAGUAAAUUACCAUCAAACUUUGUGAUAAUGAUUGACAGGUGUGUAUUACUUAACAGACACAGAUUUGAAAUGGAUUAUUCAACCCUCCACAAGUCUAUGAACUGUAAUAAUUACUUUCACUUGUGAAUUAUCUACUGAUACUAGUUUUAAUUGACAGUUACUUUUAGCAUGACAUUUCACCUUGAUGCGAUAGACAUGGUUCAACUCGAAAUGGAUUCUAAAGAAAUAUACUGCAUACUUGAAAUGGAUUCUAACAAAAAAUUCAUCUGCAAACUUGAAAUGGAUUCUGAUGAAAUGUUUAUCUGCAGUCAAGAAAUGGAUUAUGAUGAAAAAUUCAUUUGCAGACUUGAAAUGGAUUCUUACGAAAUGUUUAUCUGCAGACUUAAAAUGGAUUUUAACGAAAAAUUCAUCUGCAGAUUUGAAAUGGAUACUUCUGCAGAUUUGAAAUUGAUUCUGAUGAAAUGUUUGUCUGCGGACUUGAAAUGGAUUCU